UAGGAAUCGACACUAUUGUUACUUAAUCUUUUUACAUUGCACGUACACCUGCGAUAGAAAAUUAAGUUUUUUUUUACAAAUACUCCGAAAGCUCUACGUAUUAUUUGAAUAAUUCACUUUACGUUUUCUUUAUGAGUCACGCGGUUUAUUGAAAUUGCGUCCCACUACGUCAAUCAACUUCAAUCAAAGUUUAUUGUCAUUAUUAUUAUUAUCAAUAAUAUCGACGGAUGAAUUCUCAUUUUAUCUUGCAGCUAGAUAUCCUUUAAGUUAUCAAAAUUUUUAGCAAUAUAAAAUGAACUAUACUAUCUUUCAUUAUACCUUUAAUUGUACCUCUCUCGAAAAAAAAACGAUAUGCGAUUAUAAUCAUUAAUUAUUUUCCGUAAUCUUUUUUUAAUUAAUCUCCGUUCGAACUUGAUUGACGCCUAUGAUUUAUGAUCGCUAACGGUAUCGAUAUUAUCAACGGCUUAUCGAUCACGCCACCGAAUAGAUGUCUAUCGGCGAGGUAUAAAAGAAAAUGUAAAUCUGUACCUUCAAUGAUUCGUCAAAGUUAUCUCGAAGAUGAUCGUUCCGCCGGCAAUCGCAUUAUUGUACCCCACUUUGUUGGCGUCUAUCGCGACGAAUUAUACGAUUUUCAUCGACCAUGAAAAAGUACACGUGAUCAGUAUCAACGAGCCUCAAUUUACGCAGGCAGAACUCGAAAAGAUCCACGAAUCCGCUCAAAAGACCACCUUCCAUUUGUAUACCCGAAAUAACCCGGUAAUUGGACAGCAGCUAUUCGUCGACGAUCUGGAUAGCGUGAAGAAGAGUUUUUGGAAUCAUGCUCAUCCCACUCGACUGGUCACUCAUGGAUGGCACGGAACUUGCGACGAUGCUUCUUGUACCCUGGCUCGAGACGCUUAUCUCAAUGUUAGCGAUUACAACAUUAUCUUCAUCGAUUGGCGAGAAGCAGCCAGCCAGUUCUAUUGGGAGUCUGUGAAAAGUGUACCACUCGUCUCGCAACGCACAGCCAGUCUGAUAGACUUCCUAGAGAACAGUGCAGGUCUCGAUCCUGACAGGACCAUGGUAGUUGGAGUUUCCUUAGGAGCGCAUGUUGCCAGCCUAAGUGCUCGUUUCGCGACUAGCGAGAUUGGCGAGGUAAUCGCUUUAGAUCCUGCGGGACCUGCUUUCGGGUCCAAAGGACCAGGGGAAAGAGCAGACAGGUCAGACGCGGUGCUAGUGCAAGUGAUACACACUUGCACGAAGUUUGUCGGCCUGAAAUCGGAGAUCGGCACCUCCGAUUUUUAUCCCAAUGGCGGCGAGGAGCAACCAGGAUGCGGCCCGAUCAGAUGGAUUGGCGAUUUGGAUGCGAUGGGAUGCGCGCAUGCAAGGGCUUUCCUGUACUACGUCGAAUCCAUCGGGAACCCCACAGGUUUCCGUGCCGGGAACGUGUUCAUGGGAGGACCAUCCCUCGAUCCAAACGCACGUGGGACGUACGUUCUGCAAACUGCCAGCGAAUCACCAUUUGCACUCGGAUAAUAAUUAAUACUAUUAUUUAACGCUUAUUACGUUCUGUACAUAUUCCUUAGAUUUUAUAUACCUAUUAAAAUAUUUUAUUAUAAACUAA